GCGCUGCGCUGGUUCACCACCGCGGUCCUGUGUGCCGCCUUCCUGGGGCUGGGAAUGACUGUUGCCAUCCUGGGACCCACAUUUCAAGAUCUGGCGAGAAAUGUGAACCGAAACAUCAGCAGUCUUUCCGAAAUAUUUGUGGGUCGUGCUUUAGGGUACCUGAGUGGCUCUGUGAUUGGUGGAGUUCUUUUUGACUGUAUGAAUCACUUUUUACUUUUGGGACUGUCAAUGUUGGCUACCACAGCUGGUCUUUAUCUUACUCCUUUUUGCAAGGCAGCAAAAGUACUGAUCACCAUGAUUUCUGUGUUUGGUGUUUCAUUUGGCAUUUUGGACACAGGUGGGAAUGUCCUCAUCUUGGCUCUUUGGGGAGACAGAGGAGCCCCACACAUGCAGGCCUUGCACUUCAGUUUUGCCUUGGGUGCCUUUCUGGCUCCCCUGCUGGCUAAGCUGGCGUGGGGUACCACAGCGCCUGCAGGAAACCACACAGAGCCCGGCUGGCACCCUGGAGCCCUGAACUCAUCCUCAGAAGCCCACGCUCGCUCUCUGUUUGGAGUUCCCGAUGACAUGAACUUAGUGUGGGCCUACGCCUCCAUCGGCACCUACAUUUUAGCAGUUUCUGUCUUUCUGUUUGCUCUGUUGUGUAAGAAGAGCUCAAGGCAGACAAAAUCCACAGUAUCUGCCCAGGGGUCUCGACGAGCUCAACAUCACAAGGCCCUUCUCUGCCUCCUCUUCCUGUUCUUCUUCUUUUACGUCGGGGCUGAGGUGACAUAUGGCUCUUACAUAUUCUCCUUUGCCACCACCCACGUUGGCAUGGAAGAAAGCCAAGCAGCCGGGUUGAACUCUGUCUUCUGGGGCACCUUUGCCGCCUGCAGGGGCCUGGCCAUCUUCUUUGCCAGAUAUUUACAGCCUGGAGCCAUGAUUGUGCUGAGCAACGUUGGGAGUCUGGUCUCGUGUUUAUUUCUGGUGCUUUUUGACAAGAGCCCGCUUUGUCUCUGGAUCGCAUCUGCAGUGUAUGGAGCCUCGAUGGCCUCCACCUUUCCCAGCGGGGUUUCCUGGAUCGAGCAGUACACGACCAUCAAUGGGAAGUCUGCCGCAUUCUUUGUAAUUGGCGGUGCUCUAGGAGAAAUGGCUAUUCCUGCAAUCAUUGGAAGUCUUCAAGGACAAUACCCGGAUUUGCCAGUAGUUCUGUACACAUGUCUGGUGUCCGCAGUGUUCACUGCUAUCUUAUUUCCUGUGAUGUAUAAACUCGCCACCUUGCCUUUGGAUCACCCCAAAAAAGAGAAAACAUCAACAACGAGGGGCCAGAAAAAAUUAUUCUCUAGGUUUAUCCUAUAUAACAAAAAGGAACAAAGAGGGAGAUGCAGAGAAAUGGAAGUGUGGAGUGAGUGACACGUUGAGGAAUAGACUUCUAGAAAAGUUUUGAUGACACACACAGCUGAUUUGCCUGUCACUUCCUCUCAAAUGUAUUGAUUUGGGUCCUCUCAAGUUAACACUAUUAUUCCCAGUGAAGCAGGGCAUCCAUGAUUUUUCUUCUUGCUGUGACUAAACAAGAUCCACUUAAGAAAGGAGUGGUUUGUUCUGGCUUACAGUUUGAGGGAUGGAGGACAUCAUAGAGGGGAAGGCAUGACAACCAGUGACCCCAUAGCGCCAGAAACGUGCAACUGGAACUCCUCCCCUCCUCAGGCAUGGGCAAAACAAGAGGCAGAGAACAGAGGGAAGUCCAGUCUGUAAAACCUCAAGGCCUGGCCUCCAGCGAUCCACUUCCUCCUGGAGGCUCCACCUCCUGGAAGUUGAACAUCAUCACCACCAGCAGGUCGCCACGUGUUCAGUCACGUGAGCCUCUGGGAACAUUUCACAUGUAAACCACAGCAGGCACCUUGUCAGAAACCAGGACAAACGCAACUAACAUUUAGAGAAAAUGGAGUUCUUACUGACUAACCUUGUGGUUCUCAGUGGGAGAAUGAGUGAGUGGGGGGGUGCUGGGCAUCGAACCCAGAGCUUUGUGUACACCAGGUAAGUGCUCUCCGCUGGCUAGGCUUCUAGCCACCAGGACUCCUUUCAGUAAAAACUUCUCAAUGGGCCAAUCAGAGCACAGA